CGUUCAUGUUGGAACUGGGCAAAGCGUAUUUCCGCUUUGAGCUGUACAAUAUGAUGUUCCGAGAGUAUCCACUUAUCUUUUCUUCUGUUGAGUUUCCAAAACUCUAAUGAUGCCACUCCUCUCAAUCAAAAGUUUAGUUUAAAGUAACACCACUCGUCCAGCUCUAGUGCCCGUUUUAAAAAUGGUGCCUCGGUCUUCAGCAGCGAUAGUUCUUUUGCAAUUAAGAUCCGGGCGGAAACAAAGGGUAGGUGCAGCGAGGCAGAGCCGAGGUUGCUUCAUAGAGCCUCUUGCAGGUCAGGAGGGAGGGUCAGGUCAUAGUUGGGUUUUGUUCCUGCUGGCGCGGGAAUACUCUGCGUGUAAGGGAGCGGCACUGCCGACUGCCGAGGCCUCUGGGAUUGUGCCGGGUUUGCCAGUUAGCUGAGUAGGCGGCGGAGCGGCGGCCCCUGGCGGGUCACCAUGUGGGCCUUCCCGGAGCUGCCGCUGCCGCUGCUGGUGAAUUUCAUCGGCUCGUUGCUGGGAUUUGUGGCUACGGUCACCCUCAUCCCUGCCUUUCGUAGCCACUUUAUCGCCGCGCGCCUCUGUGGCCAGGACCUCAACAAGCUCAGCCGGCAGCAGAUCCCAGAGUCCCAGGGAGUGAUCAGCGGUGCUGUUUUCCUUAUCAUCCUCUUCUGCUUCAUCCCUUUCCCCUUCCUGAACUGCUUUGUGGAGCAGCAGUGUAAGGCCUUCCCCCACCAUGAAUUUGUGGCCCUGAUCGGCGCCCUGCUUGCCAUCUGCUGCAUGAUCUUCCUGGGCUUCGCCGAUGAUGUCCUCAAUCUGCGCUGGCGCCAUAAGCUGCUGCUGCCCACAGCCGCCUCACUACCUCUCCUCAUGGUCUACUUCACUAACUUCGGCAAUACAACCAUCGUGGUGCCCAAGCCCUUCCGCUGGAUUCUUGGCCUGCACCUGGACUUGGGGAUCCUGUACUAUGUCUACAUGGGACUGCUUGCGGUGUUCUGUACCAAUGCCAUCAACAUCCUAGCAGGAAUCAAUGGCCUAGAGGCUGGUCAGUCUCUAGUCAUCUCCGCUUCCAUCAUUGUGUUCAACCUAGUGGAGCUGGGAGGUGAUUAUCGGGAUGAUCAUGUCUUUUCCCUCUACUUCAUGAUACCAUUUUUUUUUACCACCUUGGGAUUGCUGUACCAUAACUGGUACCCGUCACAGGUGUUUGUGGGAGAUACCUUCUGUUAUUUUGCCGGCAUGACCUUUGCCGUGGUGGGAAUCUUGGGACACUUCAGCAAGACCAUGCUCCUCUUCUUUAUGCCACAAGUGUUCAAUUUCCUCUACUCACUGCCUCAGCUCUUUCACAUCAUCCCCUGCCCGCGGCACCGUAUACCCAGACUCAAUACGAAGACAGGCAAACUGGAGAUGAGCUAUUCCAAGUUCAAGACCAAGAGCCUCUCUUUCUUGGGCACCUUUAUUUUAAAGGUGGCAGAGAGCCUCCGGCUAGUGACAGUCCACCGAGGUGAGAGUGAGGACGGUGCCUUCACUGAAUGUAACAACAUGACCCUCAUCAACCUGCUGCUUAAAGUCUUUGGGCCCAUACACGAGAGAAACCUCACACUGCUCUUGCUGCUAUUGCAGAUCCUGAGCAGUGCCGUGACCUUCUCCAUCCGUUACCAGCUUGUCCGACUCUUCUACGAUGUCUGAGUUCCCUGAAGAUUGUCCUUCCCCACACAGUCUCCACUGGACCUCACCCAGGACCGGCCUCUGUUUGGUCCAAGACUGCCUUCCGGUCCAGGCUCUGACUGUCCAUUUUUCACUUUUGUUUUGAGCUGCUCCUAUCACCUGUGGAUAUUGACCUGGACCUUAUUGGAUUUAAAGUCCAUUGGUUGGACUUUGCCUAUGGCAUUCUUUAGCUUUCUGUCCUUGCUGCAGCCUCGUAAGGGGAGAUGUAGCAGCUUUUAUGCAAAUAUUCACAGCUCAACUUUCAGAGCCCUGAUUCUACAGGAAUUUGCUGGACCCUGAGAGAGAGCCUGAGCUAGGGCUUAGAGUUAGGGCCCUAUACUCCGAGGUAACCUCACAUCUGACUUUAAAAUUAAGUGUUCUGAUUAGGAAGGGCAGAGGCAGGGCCAUGUGCUCAAAAUGGUGACAAUAAAGGACUGUCUUUUACUUGCUCCUGUAGGUAUAUCCACUCCUCUCCCAUUUUUCCCUAACCUUUGAGGUGCUUGAGGAUUGAACUCAGGGCUUCCUUGUAUGUAAGUGCUCUACCACUGAACUAUAUGCCCAGCCUGAUAUAUUUAUUUUUCGUAUGGGCAUUUUAGGAUUGAUUGGAAGGAUUGGGGUGGGUACCUUUUCCAAUAGGAUGCCUACCUCUGCCCCAUCAGACCCUUUCCUGCAAGAAGUGACAGAACUGAACCAGACAGAACAUGUUGAAUAAAUAUUAAAAUACUAA